AUGGCCAGGGCUGGUGGGGGCCUCGGGGCCCGGGGGAGCCUGGUGCUGCUGGGCCUGUGCAGCUGGUUGGGAGCCAGAGCGGAAGCCCCCGGCCCCGUGAGGAACCUGACUGUGGUGACUCAGAACACCAGCUCCAUCACCCUGGCCUGGGAGCGCCCGGACGGCCCGGACAACCUGAACUACAGUUACUGGGUCCAGUGCACCGGAGCUGGCAGAAAUGACACCCAGAACACCACCACAGACACCAGCAUCACGGUAGACAGACUCGAACCCGGCUCCUUGUAUGAGUUCCAGAUAUGGGUGGAAAAGAACGGAGUCAACAGCUCCCGGGAGGCUCGACCUACAGCCACCGCUCCUAACCCCGUGAGGAACCUGACGGUGGUGACUCAGAACACAAGCUCCAUCAUCCUGGCUUGGGAGGCCCCCCAGGACCUGAACACAUCGAAUUACAUCUAUUGGAUCCAGUGCAUUGGAAACUACAAAAAUGAGAACCAGAGCACCAGAGACACCAGUGUCACAGUGGGCGAACUCGAACCUGGAUCCUUGUAUGAGUUUCAGAUAUGGGCGGAAAAGAAUGGAGUCAACAGCUCCCAGGAGGCUCGACAUGUGGCCACCGCCCCCUGCACAGUGAGAAAUCUGUCUUUGGAGCAUCGGACCAAUAACUCCAUCACCCUGAGGUGGAUGGUCCCCGAGGACCCAGACACUGGGGGCUACACCUACUGGGUCGAGCAUGCUGGAAGUGAUGGCAGACCUGAGCCCCAAAACACAACGAACACUAGCGUGACAGCUAAAGGACUUGAAUCCGGGACGUCGUAUGCGUUCUCUGUGUGGGCAGUGAAGCACGGAGUGCCUGGCUCCAGGAAGAACCUCAACAUCGCCACAGUCCCCAACCCAGUGACGGGUCUCCACGUGCGAGACCAGACCAACAGCUCCAUCGCCCUGGGCUGGACAGCCCCCCAGGGCGCGGGUCACCCGCCCUACACCUACUUGGUCUCGUGGGCCAGGGAAGGCAUUGCCAGCCCCGGGACCCUAAGCACCCCGAACACCAGCUUCAUCCUGGAGAAGCUAGAGCCUGGCAGCCUGUACAACCUCACUGUCUGGGCAUCGAGGAAUGAUGUCGUCAGCGAUACCAGCACCCUCAUGGCAACCACCGCUCCCAGUGAGGUCACGGAUCUGCAGAACAAGACGCAGACCAACCACUCAGUCACCCUGCAGUGGAUGGCUCCCGCAGACCCCUACUCCCAGCUCUACAGGUACCGGGUCCAGUGGGCCAGCGGGGGACAUCCUCAGCUGGUCCCCAAGGAGAGAGGUCCUCAAGGAGAGAGGUUCAACCUAUCCGCUGACUGGACCACCGAGACUUGGUACAAGGUGGAGGCUCUCGAACCCGGGACUCUGUACAACUUCAGCGUGUGGGCGGAAAGGAACAAUGUGGCCAGUUCCACACGGAGCCACCAUGCGUCCACAGCCCCAAACGCCGUCACUAUCACCUCCUGCGUCAGCGCCUCGGGGGGCUAUGGGGUCAUCCUGACCUGGUCCUGCCCCUCCGGAGGCUAUGAGGUCUUCGAGCUGGAGGUGGGCGGGCAGCGGGACUCCCCGGACAGGUCGUCCUGUGGGCGUGGCGUGUCCGUAUCAGGUCUCGGGCCGGCUGAGUCCUAUCAGGCCACCAUCAUCACUGUCUGGGACGGAAUGAGGGCCCCAUCUGCCCCUGUGACCUGUCACACGGAGAGUACAGGGGUCAUCGUCGGAGCCAUCAUGGGCGUCCUCCUGCUUCUCCUACUGGUGGGCCUGCUGAUUUUCUUCCUGAAGAAGAGGAACAAGAAGAGACAAGAGAAGGCAGUGCCUAAGGAUAUGGUCUUCAGCUUCCCAGGGGACAUCCUGGCCAAAGACUUUGCGGAGCAUGUCAGGAAGAAUGAGAAGGACAGCAACUGUGGCUUUGCUGAAGAGUACCAGCAACUGGCCCUGGAGAGCCAUGACCAGCCUCAGAUUAUAGCCUCAGCCCUAGAGAACAUGACCAAGAACCGCUACAGAAACGUGCUUCCUUAUGACUGGUCACGCGUGCCCCUGAAGCCCAUCCCCGGGGAGCCAGGCUCCGACUACAUCAAUGCCAGCUUCAUACCUGGUCUCUGGAGCCCCCAGGAGUUCAUCGCGACUCAGGGCCCCCUGCCGCAGACCGUGGGUGACUUCUGGCGCCUGGUGUGGGAACAGCAGAGCUGUACCCUGGUCAUGCUGACCAACUGUGUGGAGUCCGGCCGGGUCAAGUGUGAGCAUUACUGGCCCCUGGACACUCAGCCCUGCACCCACGGGCACCUGCGGGUGACCCUGGUGAGCGAGAAGGUGACGGAGAACUGGACGGUGCGAGACCUUCAGCUCCUCCAGGUGGAGGAACAGAAGACCCUGUCCGUGCGGCAGUUCCACUACCUGGCCUGGCCAGAUCACGGCGCCCCCCACUCCCCGGAACCCUUGCUGGCUUUCUGGAAGGAGCUCCGGCAAUGGCUGGACCAGGUGGUGGAGGGAGGCCCCCCCAUCGUGCACUGCAGUGCUGGCGUGGGCCGCACAGGCACCCUCAUCGCCCUGGAUGUUCUGCUCCGGCAGCUGCAGAGCGAGGGCCUCGUGGGGCCCUUUGACUUCGUGAGGAAGAUGAGAGGGAGCCGGCCACUGAUGGUGCAGACGGAGACCCAGUACGUCUUCCUGCACCAGUGCCUCCUGCGGUUCCUCGAGCAGUCAGCCUCAGCUCUGGUGGAGAAGGAAGCCAUAUACGAGAAUGUGGCAAACCUCAUCUACGAGAACGCAGAUGCCAUCCGCGCCCACAAGCUGGAGGUCUGA